AUGAAUGUUACUGAGCUGUGGAGUAUUAAGCUAUCGUUAUUUCCACUUUAUAUUUUAUAAUUUCAUCUUGGCCGACUCUUGUUAGGUGGUUCAUUAGAAUACGUUAAGAAACACCUGAAACACGAAGACAGAGAGUAUUUUACAAUACACGAAGAUCUGAAAAGUAGUUUUCACGCGAAUCGACUCUGUGAAAACAAAAACACAAGAGCAAAGACAAAAUGUGAUAACCCAGUGUAGAAACGAGUCUUCUCUUGGUUAUAACCCUCUAUUGGAGGUAGUACUAGAUUUCCUGCGACAUAACCGAAACAUAAUAGGCAUAUUACGCUGAUUUUUCUGAGUGAAAAUAAUAUAGGACGACCGAGAAAGACAAAAAUUCAGUUGAGUGUAUUGUCAUGCAGUUUACGAAAGCAAGUUUGAGAUGUUUCUUCUCAUUCAAUCGUGCAAUUAUAAGGCGUCAGUCUUUUCAAAUACGGAGACUUUAUUGUACCAAUGAAAUAAAUAGAGCCCAGUCAGCCAAAAGGAACCGACCGAUGGUAACAAUUUUUGAACAAAUAAUCAAGAGAGAGAUUCCAGCAGAUAUCGUAUAUGAAGAUGAAAAAUGUUUAGCUUUCAAAGAUGUUAAUCCUCAGGCGCCCACGCAUUUGCUAUUGAUUCCAAAGAAACGAAUUCCUAUGAUAAGUGAUGCAGUUGAUUCUGACCAAGAGCUACUAGGUUAUUUGAUGCUGAUUGCUCGAAGGUUGGCCAAUGAGAGGCUACAAAAAGGAUAUAGAUUGGUUUACCAUUUGCACAUCCAUAUACUUGGAGGACGACAACUAGGUUGGCCACCUGGCUAAAUUAAAACAUGCUGAAUUAUAUAGUAAAUAAAGGCAAUUCAAUUCAGGUUUCUUUAUUUGUGCAAAUCAGUACAUUCAGUGAAAUAAAAUCAAAAUGUUUUACAGUCAGUCUUCCAUCAUUUUUUUAAUGUGUAACUCUUCCUGAGAUACAUUCAACUUGUGUUGUAUUACAGAAGUUUUCAUAAUCCAUAAGAAUACAAUAUGAAAGUUUGAUAAGGGUGCCGUUGGUAAACCAGCAAAAAUACACCUUACAAAAUUUCAUGGACACAUUGCAUUAUAAUUAGCCACACCUCUCGAAAAGGGGAAAGAAUCACAAUUUGUAAGAUAUUUGCAACAUCAGUGAAAUUUGUGACAAUUCUGUCUUAUACAAGAAAUUUUUUAUGAUAACAUCUAUACAGUUAAACACAACCAUUUUUACACAUACACUCACUCAUUCUUUUUAUUUAUAUAUAUAUAUAAUUCAAUUAACCCUAUCUUAAAUACUACUAGUUUACAAAAUUACAUUACUUCGAAGACAAGCCUUACGAAAGGUGCAUUCUUUCGAAUAAUUACAACUUUUCAUGUUAUUACAAUCAAUCAACACAACUACACUUAACAUAUUCUUCAGUGAACAUGCAAGAUUGCCAAUACAUACAUCAGAAAUGUUUAAGAUUAAAGGUAUAUAGUCAUUCAAGGUAGUAAUGAAAUGAAUUCCAAGAUCAAAACAUAAUUAGGCAGAAAGUUCAUAAGUCACAUACAAGUCAUUCAUACUGAACACCUCUAUUCAAAAAUGUCAAAUUAAAAAGUGCCAAGUUUUUUUUAUUGUUUUUUUAUUACCAGGAACAUGUACAAAAACCAGAUAUUUCUUCACAUUAAAUUAGCAACGAAAAUAUUUUUAGAGAAAAAAUUUGCACACUUUUGUAAAGCAUCACCAAUAAAGGAAAAUUUGAUGAAUGAACUAGGGAAUAGCUAAUUGUGUGUGUAUCCAGAUUGACUGAGACAAAAAUUAAACACACAUCUGAAAGAACAAAAAUGCAAAACUAUUGUGACAACUUUACCGUACUCAUACAAAACCUUCAAAGUAAUUUCAAAAGGAUGCUAAAAGAUUAAAACAAUCACAUAAGUAAGUAACUACAUUUCUCAUUAAUGAGUUAUUUCUCAAUAAAGUCAUUAAUUUCAAUGCUUCUGUAAAGACAAUGACAAAAAUACAAUUUUUUUAAUUAUGGAAAAUGUUAUACUAAAUAAAGAUAGUUAAUUAAUCUUUGUGUAAGAAUAUAAAACUAGCUGGUUACAAAAUAUUUUAAAACAUUCUCAGAAGCUGUUUUUAUUUCUACCGCAGAAUGACACAAAAUAAAUUCAAUACUAUGGCUAGGGCUUGUUAUUUAUUUAGCACCAAUCUAUAAAUGAGAAAAUAGUAGAAAUUUGUGUAAAGAUUUUCUAUCAUCUACAAGAACAUGUACAACAGGUCUGCAUCAGACAUCUAUUAACUAAAAGUUCUUCGUUGUAAUUACUGCUUUGCUUAUGCACUGAAUCUCUCACCUUCUCAUUACACAAUUUACAAUCCUAUUAUUGUAGGCGUCAUUUACAUGGCACAGUAUUGAUAAUGGGAGAAGUUCAAAACAAAAAUAUAAAAACAAUGUUUAUUAAAAUAAUCAUGGACCUUUUUAAACUGCUCAAUUGAAUCAAUACCACUGCAUAAUAAAUUUUACAAAACAAAACACAUCACAACUACAAACAAAUUCUUUCUACCAUCUCUCUCAAGUCCAAAGCAAAAAAUAUUAAUAAUGCUUUCACAAUAUAAAGAGGGUAAUGCUUUCGAAUCUUUGGAAAAUUGGUCAAAUACAAAUAUCUAUAUUCAAAAGCCACAUCUCCACAAGAGAACAAUGCAGUUAGCACAUUAUGGAAUUUCUGUUUUAUAUACAUAUCACAUUACACAUUAGAUUUGAGUCCUGUUAUUCUGAGGAAUUAUCACUUUAAAGGUAUUUAAAAUUAUUUUCCAACUGAAUAAGAUCUUUACUGCUCAUAAAAUAUACAAUAGUACAUUGCUGGAAAAUUGUCACAAACAAUACACAUUCCAAAUGUUGAGACCAUUCGUGACCAAUUGGUUGCAAUAGAUGAAUUUAAAACUCAGUAGAACUCUGACUGCGACUGCCAGGCUUUCCAACCAACCUUGACAAACGAGCAGAAGUUCGCCUCAUCACUGAAUCACUUAUCUCAAACUGAGUCUGUGUACCAAUUAUAUUUGGUUUUAUUGAUUUGAGACACUUUGCUGCUUCCUGGAGUUGUUUUGACAAAAUUUCAUUUUUGACUUUCUCCGCAUUCAAUUCUCUUCGAAGCUGAGCCUUACUCUUAUUACCAAACAGACACAGAGCUCGAUGCUUCAUGACUUGCAAAGCCGUAGGACGCAUUUCUGGAUCAGGGUGAAUCAUUUGCU